AUGUUUAGGUCUCUCGGUGUCGUCGCAGCAGGGCUUGUCGCCCUCGCCGCGCCCGGUGUUGUUGGUUGCGGCGAAGACUCGUGCUAUGGCCCGACGAACAAAGUCGAGCAUGUCCGCCAGGUCAAGCGCAUGCAGCCUGGUGCGCCCGGUGCCGCGUACGGACCCAAGGGCCCCUUGGAAUGGGGUCAGGUCAACUUUCUUCAUACGACCGACACUCAUGGCUGGCUCGAGGGUCACCUGAAGGAGCAAAACUAUGGCGCGGAUUGGGGCGACUUUGUAACCUUUAGCCGCCGCAUGAAGCAGACGGCUGGGAACAUGGGCGUCGAUCUCCUCAUCGUCGACACUGGCGACCUCCACGACGGCAAUGGUGUCUCAGACGCCACAACACCAGACGGCACCAAGUCCAUGCCCAUCUUCACCGAGAUUGACUACGAUCUCCUGACGAUUGGGAACCACGAGCUCUACGUGAGCGAGGUUGCGUACCAAAUGUUCAACGAGUAUGCGCGUAAAUGGGGAGACAAGUAUGUCACGUCCAACGUCAAGGUGCUGAACCAGACCACGGGCAAGUACGAGUACGUGGGCGCCACCCACCGCUACUUUACGACGCCAAAGGGCCUUCGCGUCAUGGCCUUUGGUGUUCUCUUUGACUUUACCGGCAACUCGAAUGCUUCUCAGGUGCUCAAGGCAAAGGACAUGGUCAAGGAGAGCUGGUUCACCGAGGCUCUCGCCAGCAAGAAGCCCGUUGAUAUGUUUGUUCUAUUCGGCCACAACCCCGUCCGCCAGACCGACUACGCCAGCACCUUCCAGAUCGUCUUCGAUGCCAUCCGCGGCGUGCACGCCAAGACGCCCGUCCAGAUCUUCGGCGGCCACAGCCACAUCCGCGACUUCUCCGUCUACGACGACUCCUCCGUCGCCAUCGAGUCCGGCCGGUACUGCGAGACGCUCGGCUGGAUGUCCAUGUCGGGCUUCGACUCGUCCAACAGCGGCUUCAAGGGGGUCAAGAACCCGCACGGCGUCAAGAACCCCUCGCGGCCGGCCAAGACCGGUUCCAAGUCGCCGUUUGUCUACUCGCGCCGCUACCUGGACUGGAACCGCAAGACCUUCGUCUACCACUCCAAGGUUGACGAGGACAAGUUUGACUACCACUCCGGCGAGCGCGUCACGGGCGACAUUGGCAAGGUGCGCGACGAGCUGAAGCUCGGUGAUGUCUAUGGAUGCGCUCCGCAGGAUUGGUGCAUGAGCUGCGCGCCGUUCACGGACAAGAAGAACAUCUUCCCCGGAGUCAUCUACCCUGCCGUCUCCGCGAUUGUCCUGAACAAGACACGCGCCGACAAGUCGCGCAUCAUCCUCGGCAACACCGGUGCCAUCCGCUUCGACCUGCACAAGGGCCCCUUCACGUACGACGACAACUUUAUCGUGGCGCCAUUCCGCGAUGUGUUUCUCUACAUUCCCGACGUACCCUUUGACAAGGCCUCGAAGGUUAUCGACCAGCUCAACAAGGGCCCCGUGAGCAAGCGAGACCUCGUCUCCAUGCCCGUCCCGCAAGACGAGUGCACAGAUCCUACGCUUGGAUACAUGAGCCGCCGCGACCUUCGUGAGACGCGUGGAGUUGUCCGACGUCAGGAGACAGUCGUGCCCGGCUAUGUGACCAAGGACGACUGGGGCACUGAUGGCGAUGAUACGGAGCACUCCGAGAUCCCCAACUACUCCAUCCCGCCUUACUGGGAGGCUCGCGCGUCAUUCCCCAAGGACGGGAGCAACCCUGACAAGGUUGACCUCAUCUUCUUCGACUUCAUUGAGACGAACGUUCUCAACGACCUUGGCGCUGGAUAUACAAAGGACAUGGUCAAAUGCUAUAUUGACUGCAGCUUCACGUCUCAAGACUUUAUGCUGCCGUACGCAAAGCUGGCGUGGCAGGAGAACAAGUACAACUGCCCAGUUGUUUAA